UACAGUUAUUUGUAAAAAAUACCUUUACCAUACUUUUUAAAUCCAAAUACUUUUAUAAUUUCCCCAGUAUAAAGUACAGCUAUAUAACCAUCAAGCACACGCCUUUCUACGAGCGGGUCUACGUGCAUAACCCGCGUCAAUGAUCGUGAGGAGAUAGUAAAAAAGAGAUUUUCUUCAUUUCUUCUCAAUUCGCUUUUGAUUUUACAGACAAGUCAAGUUCAAGUGCAUCUCGUUGUUGAUUUAGAUUCUCGUAUAAAACUUUGAAUUUUACAGAAUCUUAGUUCAGUGUUGGUUUGAGGUCGUUGACGAUUUAUAAUUUGGAAGUGUGUCAGAUUACGGUUAAAUUGACGGUUGUUGAACAUUUUUUGCUAAUUUGUUGAGUUUAUGAUGUGCGUUUCAUUAAAAAAGUUAGAGUGUUAUAUUAUGUUGAAACUGUGUGAUUUGUGAUAAGAUUUCAGAACAUAUUUUUAGACUUUUGAAGAGUUUAUUAUCAGUUAAUUUUUGAAGGAUUUUUUUGAUAAAAACAAGUAAUGAGUUCUAUAACCGCCCCUCUUUUUGAGUUGGGAGCAGCAACGGUCUCCAAUAUUGGAACAUUUAUUCCAGUCUUGGCAGCAGCAAUUGCCUUUUUUCAGUAUGAGUUGUUGGAUCCAGAAGCUAGACCUAUAGAUGUGCCCACUCAAGAAUUGCUGGAAAGUUAUGAUUUUAUUGUUGUUGGAUCAGGUUCUGCAGGAGCCGUGGUGGCUAACAGGUUAAGCGAAGUGGAACAAUGGAAGGUACUUCUACUUGAAGCCGGAGGUGAUGAAACUGAAAUCUCAGAUGUACCACUUAUGGCUGCCUAUCUUCAAGGUUCUCAGCUUGAUUGGAAGUAUAAGAGUGAGCCUCAGGGGCAAGCAUGCUUAGCCAUGAACAAUGGCAGAUGUAACUGGCCUAGAGGCAAAGUUAUUGGUGGUUCAUCUGUACUCAACUACAUGCUCUAUCUCAGAGGUAAUAGAAAGGAUUACGACAUUUGGGAAUCUCUUGGCAAUCCAGGAUGGGGAUCUCAAGAUGCCCUAUAUUACUUUAAAAAAAGUGAAGACAAUCAAAAUCCUUAUCUUGCUAAAACACCUUAUCAUGGUAAAGGCGGAUACUUGACAGUAUCGGAACCACCUUAUAGAACUCCAUUGGUAGCCGCAUUCGUAGAAGCCGGCAAGCAAUUGGGCUACAAAAAUCGAGAUAUCAAUGGACAAUAUCAAACAGGCUUUAUGAUGGCACAAGGAACAGUCAGGCAUGGCUCCAGAUGUUCUACUGGAAAAGCAUUUUUAAGACCAAUCAGACUUAGACCAAAUCUACAUGUGGCGAUGAAGGCGCAUGUGACAAGGGUGCUAAUUGAUCCAACAACUAAAAUCGCUUUUGGCAUAGAGUUUGUGAGAGAUGGAAAGCUGCACAGGAUAAGAGCUACCAGGGAAGUUAUUUUAUCAGCUGGUGCGGUAAAUUCACCACAAAUUCUUAUGCUCAGUGGUGUAGGACCGAAGGCGGAACUAGAAAAACACAAGAUUCCGGUAAUUCAGGAUUUGAAGGUUGGAAAUAAUUUGCAAGAUCAUAUUGGGCUUGGAGGGCUGACUUUUACUAUAAAUAAACAAGAUUCUAUAACUUUGGAUAGGGUGUAUGCAGUAAAACCGCUGAUGCAAUACGCUGUUUGGGGCAGUGGUCCAUUAACUAUUAUGGGUGGUGUGGAAGGAUUGGCCUUUGUUAAUACAAAAUACGCUAAUGCUUCUGAAGACUUUCCAGAUAUCGAGUUUCACUUUGUGAGUGGAGCUCCGCAUUCAGAUAAAGGUGCUCAAUUAAAAAAAGCUCAUGGUCUUAGUGAUGCAUUUUAUAAUACUGUUUUUAAACCUAUUGAAGACAUUGAUGCCUGGAGUGUGAUACCUAUGCUUCUAAGACCAAAAAGCAAAGGUAGCAUCAAGUUAAGGAGCAGAAAUCCUUUCGAUCCUCCUCUGAUUUACCCUAAUUACUUCUUUGACGAUUUCGAUAUGAAGACGCUCAUAGAAGGGGCAAAGAUAGGAGUCGCUUUAAGCCAAACGCCAGCAUUCCAAAGUUAUGGAAGCAAGUUUCACGAAUUCCCGCACUGCGCCAAAUUCCAAAAAUUUUCUGAUCAGUAUUUUGAAUGCAUGAUAAGAUUGUAUUCGGCCACAAUUUACCAUCCUGUUGGAACAGCAAAAAUGGGUCCAUAUUGGGACCAGGAAGCAGUUGUGGAUCCACAGCUGCGAGUUUAUGGUAUUAAAGGUUUAAGAGUAAUUGAUGCAAGUAUAAUGCCAAAUUUGGUAAGUGGAAAUACAAAUGCCCCGGUGAUAAUGAUUGGAGAGAAGGGAGCUGAUUUAGUUAAGGAAUUUUGGUUGAAAACUAUGAGGUUGAAUCGGAUAAAUCGGACUUUGCAAGGAAUUUAAGAUUGAAAAGUGCUCUCAUUAUUUAAGUUAUCUAGUCUGUGAAAUAGAUAUAGUAUAGAAUUAAGAUGUAAAAUUUAAGAUAUCUAAUAGGACUUUAAAAAGUUUUUUUAAUAAUAGCUGACGAUUUUGAUAACUAGUGAUUUAAAAAAAAUAUGGCAUUAGAUUUUAAGAAAGUGAUGAAGUAUCCUAUGAUCAUUUAAAAUACAUUUGCAUAUUUCUUUUUUUAAAUAAAUUUUUUAUUUAUUAAAGCG